CCUCCUUUCAGCUAUCUCUUUUUUUUUUCUUCUUUAUAUUUUAUUCAUUCAUUUUAUUACGAACAAUAUUUUAAAAAGAAAUGGAUUCAGAACCAGAAGCUCCUGUUUACAAUACUGGUGAUAUUGGCUUUGUGUUAGUCUCAACGGCCUUAGUUUGGCUCAUGAUUCCAGGUGUAGGUUAUUUCUACUCUGGUAUGGCUCGUAGAAAGAACGCCUUAUCACUUAUUAUGUGUUGCGUAUUAUCUCUUGUUGUUGUCAGUUUUCAAUGGUUUAUAUUCGGUUAUACUUUAACUUUCAGUAAAGUCAGCACAAAGUUUUUGGGUAACAUGGAUAAUGCAUUCUUGCGUGGCGUUUUAAAUGAACCUUCAAUGGGUAGCGCUGCUAUCCCUGAUCUUGUUUUCUGUAUUUUUCAAUGUAUGUUCGCUGCUUUAACUCCUGCUCUUGCUAUCGGUUCUGCUGCCGAACGUGCACGUAUUUUGCCCAUGAUUAUCUUCAUCUUCAUCUGGACUACCGUCGUAUACGAUCCCGUUGCCUUUUGGGUAUGGAAUUCAAACGGUUGGAGUUUCAAAUUGGGUGGUCUUGAUUUCGCUGGUGGAACCCCUGUUCAUAUCACUAGUGGUUUUGCCAGUUUAGCUUAUGCUUUGGUAUUAGGACGCCGUGAAGGUCAUGACCAUAAAAAGGAAGAGUUCAAGCCUCACAACAUGUCUAAUGUCGUUCUCGGUACCACUUUGCUUUGGUUCGGUUGGUUUGGUUUCAAUGGUGGUUCCGCAUUGUCCGGUAACUUACGUGCUGCUAUGGCCUGUGUAGUUACCAACUUGGCUGCUUCUGUUGGUGCCAUUACUUGGAUGCUUAUUGAUUACAGAAUUGAACGUAAAUUCUCAGCUUUGGGCUUCUGUUCUGGUGCAGUCGCUGGUCUCGUUGCUAUCACUCCUGCUGCAGGUUUUGUUGGACCUGGACCUUCCGUUGCCAUUGGCUUCUUGGGUGCUUGUGCUUGUAAUUUAGCUGUCCACAUGAAGGAAUACUUCAAUUAUGAUGAUGUAGCUGAUGUAUUUGCUGUUCAUGGUGUCGGUGGAUAUGUUGGUUCCAUUUUAACUGGUAUCUUCGCUGAAGCCUAUAUUGCCAAACUUGAUGGUGCUACUGAAAUUGCAGGUGGUUGGAUGAACAGAAAUUGGGUUCAAAUUGGUUAUCAAUUUGCCGAUGCUACUGCUGGUGCUGCAUGGGCCUUUGUUGUCACCUACAUCAUUCUUUUCAUCAUGAACCGUAUUCCUGGUCUUUCCCUUCGUGUCGAUCGUGAGUCCGAGCUCAAGGGUUUGGAUGCUGCUGAAAUCGGUGAAAUGGCUUACUAUCAUGUCGAUAAGAUUGUUGGUGUUAAUCAAAACACUGGCCAAGAAAAAGUUCUCCAAGAAGAAGUUGAAGGUUAUAGCUUUGAACCUCAAGCUCAAGGUACAAUGGGUUCAGGCAGACCCUUAACUCACGAGAGUCUCAAUAACGUUUAAAACCAUUCCCUUCUUUUAAUAUGUAAUUAACCCCUUUUUUUAUUACCUUUCUUUCAUACAUUCCACCAUAUUUACUCUAAUACUACUUACUCUAUUGAUAUCCCUUUAAUCCAUAAUCUUACUAUGUACAAUAAAAACUUAGUAAUAAAUACAUAUACAUUGCGAAA